AUGGGGCUCAUUAAAAAGUAUGGUGUUGUUAUUGGUACAACUCAGGAGAAUGGAUCAGAGAAGUCGGCUGUCUAUUGCAAAGAUGCGAAGAAACUACUUGUGAUGGAACUGGAGGGUUUUCAGCAAGGUGCUGUCUUUAGUUUCUCGUACGAUAAUGAUGGUCUCAUCUGUGACCUUCGCGUUAUCGAUGAGAAUGCUAACAUGGAGUACGAAGUAUGUUUCGUUUGAUUUAAAUUUCAUUGUUUAGGUGUAUCUGAAAUUUGUGACAGCUCUUUUUAGGUCAAGCGCUUAAAAAUUGGAACAACAGUAGCAGAAGGAGAUCCAUUUCUGACAGGACAACACGAAAUAUUUGGAACGAUUGGAAUACCGUAUGGACCUCACACUAAGCCUGGGACAUAUGUUGAUGUAGGGAUAUAAAGAUGAAUUUAUUUUUAUUAUCAAUACCUUUGUUUUUUCUGACUUAUGAAUUAAUGUAAAACAUGCUUUAGGUGAAAGUUUCGUAUAAUGAUCUUAUCAGUGACGAGUUCUCGUGGUAUGUCACAAAGGUAUUUGACUAUCGUACAAAGGAGUAUGUUAAUGUAUGUUUUUGUGGUUUUUUAUUUAGAUUUUAUGUAGCGUGAAUACUUUAUUAACAACAUCUAUCACUGUCUCGUAAUGUCAUUUUCAGUCUCUUGGAUGUAGCACACCAAUGUCUAUUUUAUAUGAUGACGUUCUUGAUGAAGAGCUGUCUAUCGAUGUUCACAAUCUAAAUCGGACUAUGGAUUCGUCGUGUUUGAACCAGACAUCUACUGAUUUUGAUGAGGAAUUGGAAAACUCGGUGGACCCUGAUAUUUAUGGCCAGAACAUGAUGGACGUUAAUUUUUUAAUGCGAGAUUUCUAUUUUACAGAGCCAAUUCUACCACAAAGUGAUGACAUAGAGUUUAAGUUGUUGGAGAAAUACAAAAGGCCAGACCUUGAAACUAAGACGUUUAAGGUUUGUUUUUUAAAAGACGAUUUCUGAGACCGUGAAGCAAGGUGUGCACUAGAAAUUUACCCCCUGUUUUUAUUUGCUAAAUCUAUGAGAUAGACGGUUUUAAGGUAUGUGGUAAAGUGAUUUCGGACAAAAUGCUGUUUUAGCACUUUUAUGCCAUUUUUUGUUAACAUACUGUUAAAAUAUACCAAAAAAUCAAUAGUCCGCCAAAUGUUCUGAAAAUUUGUACACUUACGUUUUUGACCAUGCCAAAAAAUAUUGUAAUUGAAAAUUUUUUUCUAUCGGUACCGUAACCUACCGUAAUCCGACCGGUCGAUUAUAAAAGUGCAAAUAUCUAAAAAGUUAACACGGAUCUUCACAGGCAAUUUUUGCAUAUUUAAAAUCUCCAUGAAAUUUGGAUCAGCAUAGGCUAUACACCCGUUUCUAGUCCGGUGGGUUUUGGGGGUUUUUGGUCGAUUCAAAAAUUACGGUAGCAGACCGUGAAGAAAAUAAAAUUUUUUUAAAAAAUCCAAUAAUGCAUCAAACGUUUUGAAAUUGUGGAUAGUUAUGUUUUUGACCAUGCCAAACAAUAUUGCAAUUGAAAAUUUUUUUCUAUCGUUACCGUAACCUACCGUAACCUACCGUAAUUUGACCGGUCGAUUAUAAAAGUGCAAAUACCUAAAAAGUUAACACGGAUCCUCAUAGGCAAUUUUUGUAUAUUUAGAAUCUACAUGAAAUUUGGAUUAUCAUAGGCUAUACCCCCGUUUCUAGUCCGAUGGAUUUUGGGGUUUUUGGUCGACUGAAAAAUUACGGUAACAUACUGCCUAAAAGUUUAAAAUUUUACUAUGGCUUUGCUAAUGCACUGAUAAGCCUAAAAAUUUGCAUACUUACGUGUUUUACCAUGCUGACCAACUUUGUAAUAUAAUUUUCUCCCUGAAUGUACCGUAACCCACCGUAAUCUGACCGGUCGAUUAUAAAAGUGCAAUUUUCUAAAAAUUUAACACGGUUGUCCUUAGUCAAUUUUAGCAUAUUUAGAAUCUAAAUAAAAAGUAGACAUUGAUAGGCUAUAAGCUCAUCUUUAAAACUGCCAAUUUUGAGGAUAAUCGAACGGCCGGAUUACGGUAGGUUGCGUUACUUUUAAAAAACGAUUUUUUAUUACGAAGUUGUUUAGCAUGGUCAAAAACAUAACCAUGCACAGUUUCAAAGCGUUCGAUGCAUUAUUGGAUUUUAAAAAAAAAAUUAUUAUUUGCACGGUCUGCUACCGUAAUUUUUCAGUCGACCAAAAACCCCCAAAACCCAUCGGACUAGAAACGGGGGCAUAGCCUAUGAUAAUCCAAAUUUCAAGUAGAUUCUAAAUAUACAAAAACUGCCUAUGAGGAUCUGUGUUAACUUUUUAGAUAUUUGCACUUUUAUAAUCGACCGGUCGGAUUACGGUAGGUUACAGUAACGAUAGAAAAAAAUUUUCAAUUGCAAUAUUGUUUGGCAUGGUCAAAAACAUAACUAUGCACAAUUUCAAAACGUUUGAUGCAUUAUUGGAUUUUUUGGUAUAUUUUAACAGUAUGUUAACAAAAAAUGGCAUAAAAGUACCGAAACGGCAUUUUUUCCGAAUUCACUUUACCACAUACCUUAAAACCGUCUAUCUCAUAGAUUUAGCAAAUAAAAACAGGUGGUAAAUUUCUAGUGCACAUACCUGUUACAGGAUGCUUCACGGUCUCAGAAAGUCUCUUUUAACUUAUUUUAGAUAACCGUUUAGUUUGUUCAUUUAAGUCAUAAAACUUUUAAAAUUAAAACUUUAAAGGAAUGAUUUUUCAGGACAAAGUCAUUGUGUUAGGCCGUUCUUCAAACUUUUCCAUUGUUUUGUCGUACAGUGCAAAAGAAUUUGGAAUAAUGUUUCCAUCGCACGAUUCCUUCCAUCAAACAAACGUUGGUAAUGUGUGUAAUGCUAAUUACUUCAUGGUACCAGAGGGUUGCCUUUAUGACUUUUACAGUUAUAUUGUUGAGGAAGUCAAGAAGAUUUCAACAUGGAAGAUCGAAUCAGACUUCCGUGCCAACGCUGGUUACGGUACACUAGCAGUUACGGUAUGUUUAUCCUGUUAUAUUGUGGUAAAAAUCGUAUAAAAUCAAGAUGCUUUUUAAAUGUUGAUGCUUUUUGUGAAUUUUGUAAAUAGUUAAUAAAAGGAACAUUUGUAGAUUGGUUUGACAAAAGAAGAUAUUACCAAAAAGGACGGCAAUCUCUACUUCGCCUUCGGCAACCUCAUUGGAGACGACCGGUUUUGGGAUUUUUGUAGUAAGUAUUUUUUUAUUAAAGGUAUCUACUACUUUGAAUACAUUUUUUGUCUUAAAUCUUCUUUUGUAUGUUUCUUGAUAGUUAAUGGCAAAUGAUCUAAGCGUAAAUUAUUAUUAUUUUUGUAACUCUGGAUUUUUAGGUAAAGAAGAAUCGUUUUCCUUCAAAGCAAAACUCUUCCAGUUUAAACCAGAGGAGGAAGGCGAUGAACGGGUCAUUUGGAAUGUGGAUUCUACCUCAAUUUGUCCAAAGUAA